AUGGGCUCAUUGAUCAAGACGGCGAGAUCGAUCUCAUCGAUAACGCCAGCUCAGCUGCAUGAUCACCUAUUGGGAUCCAAAGCGUUUCCCCUUCACCUUACAGGGUUGAUCUCCUCCUGGCCUGCGCUUACCCAAUGGCGAUUAUCCGAUCAAUUGCGUGGUAUGCGAGAUGCAGUAGGAGAGGACAAGUCGGUAGAGAUCGAGCUGGGUAAGAAGGGAAGAGGAUAUCUGCAUCCUGAUUGGCAGAGAGUCAAUAUGGGGUUCGGCAUGUUCCUGGAUGCAUUCAUCUUCGAUCAGAUACCUUCUGCUAUACCGAAGUCUCAAUUACCUUCAGCAUAUCUGGCUCAAUCUGAUCUGUUGGAUGGAUCACCAAAAUUGGCCGAGGCGGUACCAUCUUUACCUCAUUUCUAUGUAGGCAACGAGAAGAGUCUGUAUCGAAGGACAGUAUGGAUUGGUCCCGAGAAGAGUUUCACGCCUUUUCAUAAAGAUCCCUAUGUGGGGAUCUUUUCUCAAAUUGUGGGGAAUAAGACGUUUCACGCGUUACCUCCAGAAGCAGCUCAACAUCUCUCUCCGUCAAAUCUCGCUAGGCAUACCAAUACUUCACAGAUACCUGUCCCCGUAUCACGUAUCUUUUCACCUACAGACGAUAUUAAUGACCUCGCCGAUCUACCUCGAGACAUCCUGGAGACAUGUCAGAAUCAAUUGAAACAAGCUUUCGCUAUGGAUGGAGCAUGUGCCGUCGAGCUGAAAGCAGGAGAAUCUGUCCUGAUACCUGAAGGAUGGUGGCAUGCGGCCGAAGGUGGUGAUGGACCAGGAGUGGGUGUUGGAGCUUGGUUUAGAUGA